AUGUCACAAAACGCUGGUCCUCGAUCUGCCCUCAAAUCAAUUCAUAACCUAUCACUCGACCGAUCAAACUCGCGUUCACCUAUACCGAAACCCAUAUUCCUCUUAAUCAGCUUACUGUUCAUUAUCUCAACUUAUCUCACUCUCAGGUCAUUUGGAAAUCAACCUCGAAAAGUCUCCUACAGUCGUUCACCUGAACUCAGCAUACCUAAAUUUCACAUUCAUAAUUCUGAUGAAGUCUCCAAUCAAAACUUGUCUGAAUUUAUACCUGAUCAAGAUGUUUUGAAAGGCAAAUCAAUCAUGCCUAAGAUGGGCAAUGCAACUGCCAAAGCUGAAUUAGGAAGAGCAACCUGGAAGUUCAUGCAUACGAUGACUCAAAGAUUCCCCGAACAUCCUACUCCCGAUGAGCGAGCAGCUUUGAAGUCGUUUAUUUACCUAUUCUCGCGGCUGUAUCCAUGUGGUGAAUGCGCUCAUCACUUCCAACUUCUAUUAAAACAGUAUCCCCCACAAACCUCAUCUAGGAACGCAGCAUCACUUCAUCUAUGCUCGCUUCAUAACUUAGUCAACGAGAGACUGGGUAAACCGGAAUACAACUGUACAAGUCUGGCCGAAAAUUAUGACUGUGGAUGCGCACAUGAUCCAGAUGAGGAGGGGAACCAAACCAAACUUACAGGGGUUGAGUUACCCUCAAAAACAACGUGA